AUAACACUGCACAACCGUCGCAAAAUCAGUUAAGCCGAGUCAGGACCAUGGAAGUGGAAUUCGAAACGAGACCUAACCGAGCGGGAUCGUUGAUCUGGUCCGAGGACAAUGUGCUGGCACUUGUCACCAACAACGUGCUCCAUAUUUUUGCACCCUCACUCAGUGGCGCCCUGGGUCAGUCCUCUUCCAAGUUCUACAUUACCUCGGCUCCUGCUCUCACCGCUCAAGAAGAUAGUCCUCCAUGGGCGGUGCCAGGGAAUGUUGCGACAUUGAGGCAUGCCAUGUCGCCUCAGUCGAUCGAUUUUAUCCUUGCUGCAUGGUCGCCAACCGGAUGUUCGCCUGUGAAAGGAUGUAUGCUGGCAUGCAUCACUUCAAGGCACUCUGUAUUUCUUUAUAUACCGACAUCCUCUCAUUUAGACAAGCAGUGGAAGAAGUAUGUAGCGUUGGACAAACACUUGGCGGCACACUGGAACGCUGGGCCGACGAUUGAUCUGGAGAUGGCCGAUAGAAUCGAAUCGGCUUCCUUAGCAUGGUCACCAAAAAUUGCUGUAGACAACAUCGGAUCAGUUCUGGCCCUUGGAAACAAGGCUGGACAUAUCAUGAUUUGGCAUACGACAGAUCCACACAAUAUUCGAUGUGUCAAGGCAUGGAAAACCUCAAGUGAUACCUGGAUUGUGUGUAUGGCUUGGUCACCAUGGACGAUUGAAGAUGAUCACUACAUCUCAACAUUGGCCUUCGCGACCGCGGAUGGUGUUGUUCAAGCACGCAAAAUCAAGUUCAGCCCCAUUACGCCACUCAAGGAUAUCGAUGUGUCUGAAGAUCUCAUAGAUAACUCUCGCCAUACCCUGCACCCAUGCACGGUUCUCCGCUGGAGCCCAACCAACAUCGAGGAUGCCGCUGCACCCAAUGCACUCGCAUAUAGCAAAGGAAAUAGAUUGAACAUUUGGUUUCCAGAGUCGAACAAAGUUCUUUUGUGGCGCCGGCCCAUCGCAAAAGCCAUCGCAGACAUAGAGUGGGACACGCAUGGGACAAAACUCUUUGUUUUCUUCAUGGACGGGAAGCAUGCUGUUCUCCGUCUACAGGGUGAUGAGAUUACGGUCGACGAAGAGGGGAUUGAGUUCAUUCACCAAACGAUUAUAUCCCACUGCCAUGUACAAUCAAAAACCAACAUCUCACAGGAAGAGGGCGAGACUGAAAACGCAAACGCGGACGAGGAAGGCGGGGAUGAAGAGGCUAGUGGGGCCAUUGCCAACAGCAAACUGCAGCUCCAUAUCAACUCUGGCGCCCGAUCGGUCGGAGGUCUUCAGCUUGCCAUCGUUUACUAGUAGGUCAAUUGCAACGCUUAUCUACAUCUCAUAUCCAUAUCCUUUGUCGCCAUGCUGAUUAGCAUUCCCGGUGAACGUAUAGCGUUGCUUCCUCGUUUCGCAUGGAAUUUCAGCGUGAACGCUUUCAGUCAUGUACUUUUGUGUUAUCAAAGGCUCAUAAUGACGCUCAGAGCGUAGCACAAGCACUGCUUAAACGACUGGAGAUCUUUAUACACCUUCCCAAUGCCGGUAAGUGAGGGCCUGUGUCGUCAAUUGCGGAUCAAGUGUGUUUAAUGACUAUUCAAACUUAAUGAUCAAUUACAGUCCUACUCAGGAACCCAACGUACCACUUAUGGGACCUGCUUUCACUACUCAACGAAACCGCUAAAACAAGCCGGGGCAUUUCAGGACUUGCACAGAAAGUACUGAGUAUUCUGGAUGCAAAUGCAUCCGAAAUGUCCAGUGAAAUUCAAGCGCUCGCGAGGAAAGAAUGCAUGCCUGA